AUGGGGCUGGACUUUGAUGUAAAGACUUUUUGUCACAAUCUGCGGGCAACCAAGCCCCCGUAUGAGUGCCCUGUGGAGACUUGCCGUAAGGUGUACAAGAGCUACAGUGGAAUCGAGUAUCACCUAUACCACUACGACCAUGACAACCCAACCCCUGCACAGACUGUACCCCAGAAAAAGAGGAAGGGACGGCCUCCUCGUGCCUCACUUGCUGGGUCUGGGGAUACAGACGAAGGUGGAAGUAACGUAGGUGGAGGACCUGGACAGGAAGGGAACACUCCUGGAAGCCCAAACCGCUCCGAGCACUCUCACUCCCCGGGCAGAGAGACUAUGACGUAUGCCCAGGCACAGCGUAUGGUGGAGUUGGAGCUCCAGGGGCGGAUCCAUCGCAUUAGCAUCUUUGAGAACAUUGAUGUGGUAUCAGAGGAGGACAGUGAUGCAGAUGAUGCUCCACCAUCUGGUACUGGAGGUGGUGGUGGAGGUGUGUGUAACGGUAAUGAUGGAGGAGGCAGUGAGGUAGGAGGCAGCAGCAAAGACCGCUCGGAUAUCCCGUCUUCUAAUGGGGGCAAAUCCACCCCAAAGUCUGGGAAGCAUAAGAGUAAGGAGAAGAAGAAGGACGGUUCUUCUCAUCACCACAGCUCUCAAUCUGGACCUGCAGUCAAACUUCCUGAGGCGGUCUUCAGAGAACUGGACCAAGAGAGACCUGAUGCCCCUCCUCGACCUUCAUCUUACUACAGGUCUGCAUCAAGAAAUCUAAUCUAAUUAUGAUACAGAAGGUGUGUUUGUUUGGAGUUUUACAGCUCAUUGUGGUGCUUGUGUCCGGGAAAACAUGAAUUGUUUUGUGCUCAGUCCCAUGCCCCCAUUUGAUUACUCUUUUUUUAACUCAACCCCACUCUUUUCCUUAGGUACAUCGAUAAGUCCGUGGAGGAGCUGGAUGAGGAGGUGGAAUACGACAUCGACGAGGAAGAUUACAUUUGGCUGGACAUCAUGAACGACAAGCGGCGACGAGACGGUGUGACGCCCAUUCCCCAGGAGGUCUUUGAGUACCUCAUGGACCGCUUGGAAAAGGAGUCCUACUUUGAAAGCCACAACAAGGUAUUAGAAUUUAGAAAAUAACUUCCAACCACUGAAACAUGCUGAAAUGCAUCUGUCACAGACCUCACAUCACCGUCUCGUUUCCCAGGCUGACCCCAGCACCCUGAUUGACGAGGAUGCUGUCUGCUGCAUCUGUAAUGACGGGGAGUGUCAGAACAGCAAUGUGAUCCUGUUCUGCGACAUGUGUAACCUGGCUGUGCAUCAGGAGUGCUACGGUGUGCCCUACAUCCCAGAGGGACAGUGGUUGUGUCGACGCUGCCUGCAGUCACCGAGCAGAGCUGUGGACUGUGCUCUCUGUCCAAACAAAGGAGGUGCUUUUAAACAGACAGACGACGCACGCUGGGCGCAUGUGGUGUGUGCCCUCUGGAUCCCAGAGGUAAACCAUUGAACCCAGAGGAUGUGUUUGACAGAGAUGCACACCUCGUUUUCCUUCAAAUUCAAAGUGAACGUAAUUUCUGACAUGGGUGCAACUUUCCAUGACUGUAUAAAAAGCUUAAUUUCACAGUCCAAGAAUUUGAGGAAAACAUUUGAAACAGAAACUUCAUCUUUUUUGUCUUUUUUUUUUCUGGUUGCUUGUUUUUCUGUGUAUCAAAUGCAUGUGGUUCCACAUAUAUCUUAGUUUACUCAUCACUGUUAAAUGUGAAGCACACCUUCAAGAAUUCAAACCCGUAAUAACAACAUCUGUAUUUUAUCUCAGUACCAGCCAAAUGCUUAUUUUAGUUUUUUGAAUAGAAAUAAUUCUCCUGCCUUUCCUCAGGUCUGCUUUGCGAACACAGUCUUCCUGGAACCGAUUGACAGCAUCGAGCACAUUCCCCCCGCCCGCUGGAAGCUUACCUGCUACAUUUGCAAGCAGCGCGGGUCAGGCGCCUGCAUCCAGUGUCACAAAGCCAACUGUUACACCGCCUUCCACGUCACCUGUGCCCAGCAAGCCGGCCUCUAUAUGAAGAUGGAGCCCGUCAGAGAGACCGGCGCUAACGGCACCUCAUUCAGCGUGCGUAAAACGGCUUACUGUGAUAUCCACACGCCACCAGGGUCGGCUAGACCUUUGGGAGGAGUCGGAGGUGCCAGCAUGGGUUCUUCUCACAGCGAGGGAGAGCUGGAGGAGGAUGAUGAGCCCAGCAUUGGCCAUGACGACGAUUCCAAGGGUUGGAGUUCUGAGCGAGCCAAAAGGGCAAAGGCGAAGUCAAGGCUGAAGAUGAAAAGAGCGAGGAAGAUCUUAGCUGAGAGAAGAGCUGCCGCACCGGUUGUGUCUGUACCCUGCAUCCCUCCCCACAGGUACAAAAUCAUCAUGGUGACACCUUAAGCUGCUUCACCGCAAACCCAUCUGUGCUGUAUUGCAAAUUUCUAACGGGAAAAUGAAGUUUUACAUAUACGACAUCUGUUUGUUUCCUUCAGGCUGAGCAAAAUCACCAGUAACUUGACGGUACCUCGGAAGAGCCAGUUUAUGCAGCGACUGCACAGCUACUGGACCCUGAAAAGGCAAAGCCGUAACGGCGUCCCUCUGUUACGUCGGCUCCAAACUCACCUGCAGUCACAGCGACAUAUUGACCCACUCCCUCCUCAACCUCCGUCACAGCUCCCUCCGGUAACUUUUAAAAUUGCGCAGCAGCUUAUUCUUCAAGUCUCUCUGAUCUGUGAAUGAUUUUUGUCUAACAUGAUUUUUUGGGUUUGUGGGUGUUGGCACCGCAGAGGGACAGCGAGGAGAAACAAAUGGCGCUGAAGGAACAGCUGAAGGCGUGGCAGAGGCUCAGACACGACCUGGAGAGGGCGCGGCUUCUGGUGGAGCUCAUCCGCAAGAGGGAGAAACUCAAGAGGGAGACGGUUAGACACAAACGAGAUUUAUUUGUUUGAUGCUUGUGUGGAAAGAAAACAACAACUUUUGUGCAUAUAUUUAUUUUUUUGUUUUCCAUACAGUCUUUCAGUCAUUUCAGCUCUCUCAGAGUUAAGAACCGUUUGUUGCGCUCAGUUCCUCCUGGUGUGGGAGGUGCCAUUUAAAAGUGCUGUGAGGAAGCUCUGAUACAUUUGACAUUUUGAGAAUCAGCUGCUACACAACACAACAUCACACACAUCAGCUACUUUUUCCAGUCAAAACUAACACACACACAACUCAGUGUGCACAUACACAGUUCUGGUCCUGGAAGUGUCUCUAUGUUGGAUUAAUUUGCAGGUGUUAUCUCAUACACCGAACAACUGAUUGUCUACAAACACUGCUGAGUACUGGGUGACACUAUGCCCUCAUCAUUAGAACCAAUGGCAACACUUUGUCCAGGUUCUCGAACUAGAAAUGCACCGAUCCAAUUUUUUUUCCAAUCCAAUCCGAUACCGAUACCUGGGCUGAGCGUAUCGGCCGAUAUCCGAUACCGAUCUAAUACUACUGUUGAAUAAAUGAACUGUAUACCUUGCCCUGUGAGUGAAGGCAUCAGGCUUGACAUUAGCCUUGUUAAAAAAAAAAGGUAAAGUCCCUUAUCUGAUAAUUGCAUUCUAUAUUGUUUAACAUAAGAUUAUCUUGUGUUUGUCGGAUUAUAUUUUUAUUUUGUUUUCUUUUUUUAUAUAUAUAUAUUUUUUUUAUUUUUUUUUUUUUUUAUCAUUUGUUAAAAAACAAGAAAAACGAAGGGAGGUUGGCGGACGACAUCUCUGCAAUUAUCCUUAUGACGUUUGUUGUUUAUUGAGAGACUGUAUUCUCUGAUGCUAUUUAAAUGUUGUGGAAUGACUUUUGGCCUGACCUCUAAUAAAAAGAUUAAUUAAAAAAAUAAAAAAAAGGGUAGCAAAUUAACACAGACAUAAAUCUACUUAAUAUCAUUUAUUAACAAAGUACAAAUUGCACAUUAGCACACAGCAAAAAGAAGUAAGACUUCCAUGUAUUAGAAGAAAAACGAAUUAAAAGAAAAAAAGACUGGAUCGAUGGAUUAGUGUCAUUCAUCAGAUAUCCGAUCCAGUUAAAUUGUCAAUAUCGGAGCUGAUAUCCAAUCCAAAUAUCGUAUCGGUUCAUCCCUAUCUCUAACUGGCAAAUUCCCCCCUGAGGGUCUUGACGUAGCUGCUGUUGGGGAUCACCCAGAAAAACAUAAUCUCACAAAUCCCCCUCAUCACCACCAUGAUCUCCCCCACACCAUCUGCACUGGAGAGCUGAUUUUAAACUCCUUCUGCAGCCCCUAACCCUCAUCCUAAUCAUUACCCAAACCCCUCUUCUGGACAUACACACUAACAGAAAAAAAAAACUGGCACUCUCUUCUCAGAUUUUUUUUCCCCGUCUUCUUUUUGUUCUGUUUUUGUAAAUUUGUUCAGCUCAUGCUAAGAUUAGGUCUCAUUGCGUUUGAGAUGAGAAAAAGUGAGCAGGUGUAAAGUUAUGAAUGCGUCUGGUUUCAGAUUAAAGUGCAGCAGAUGGCGCUGGAGAUGCAGCUGACUCCCUUCCUGGUGCUGUUGAGGAGCACGCUGGAACAGUUACAGGAAAGAGACACAAACAACUUCUUCACUGAGCCUGUACCGCUGGCGGAGGUAAAAACAUGCACUCAAAAACAAAAACACAUGAAAUAAGUCUGUAUGAUCUCUUCACCUUUUUUCAAUAUCAGUGUAGUUUUUCUUCAACACCCAGAUUUCCUUUUUUACUCAUCCAAAGUUUAGAAUUUGAAUUAUUCUUCUAUAUUUGUCCUCUACUAUCAAGGUACCGGACUACCUGGACCACAUCGACACCCCCAUGGACUUCCAGACCAUGUGGAACCUGCUGGAGUCUCACCGCUACCUCACCUUCGAGGCCUUUGAGGCCGAUUUUGGCCUCAUUGUCAACAACUGCCUCAAGUACAACGCUAAGGACACAGUCUUCUACCGCGCUGCUCUGCGGCUCAGAGAGAUGGGCGGGGCCGUCAUAAGGACUGCCAGGCGGCAAGCUGAACGGAUAGGCUUCGACUACGAGACCGGCAUGCACCUCCCCAGGGAGCCGAGUCCAGACAGCCAACGUGAGCAAGAGAGAGACAGAGACAGAGAGAGGGAGCGGGAACGGGAGAGGGAACGAGACCGGGAGAGGGACAGAGAUCGAGAAAGAGAACGUCUGCUGUCACCUAAUGAGGAUGGUAAGAAGCUCUCUUACUUUAGGCCCUAAAGGUACAAAUAUCAACAUCAGAUCAGUAUUUGAAAAAAGAAAAACUCAGACCAGAUUACUGAUAAAUUAUACAUUAAGAACAAUCACAGGAAAGGAAAGGAGCCAUGAAAAUAAAAUCUACUCCAAUAUAGGAUCAAAUAACAAGGUCAGAAAAAUGACAUCAUUAUAAAUAUGAGAUUAGCAAACUAAGUAAAUGAGGCCCUUGUGAAGAACUCAAGGUUUACAUAAAUUUGGAGCCCCCCCCGUGGACAAAGCAGUCUUUGCUUAUCUUGUUCUCUGUCGAAUUAAUAUAGUGUCCUCUGACCGAAAGGGUCAUCCUGCUGACUUUUAACAAACUAAAGUAUCAUUUACUCUGAAUAUUUCUGUGGAAAUUAUUAAAACAGCUGUUUUUAUCAUUUCAAAACAAGAUUGCUACAUCAUUUCAGCGCUUGUUAUUUUAGUUCUUUUAAGUUAUUUUAGCAUCCUCUUUUGUAGAUAUUGCCAUUUUUUUCCGCCUCUGAUUUAGCUUUUUUCCGACUUGGUAACUGAAACGCUGGUAACUCAGGUGUGACGUCAUUUGCAGCGCCGACAUUUGACUUCAGAGGUAACUCGAAUGCAGCAUGUUUCCUCAGCUGCGUAUCCCCUCCCACCAGUUUCAGGCAUUAAAAAUUACAUUAUAAAAACCAUCAGUUUUGUCGCUUUCGGAUUUCACUUGCCCUGGAUAUCAUAGAAAGUCCUUAAUAUAAGUUUCAGUCAUUUCCUUUGGUGUCAGAAAACUCCUCACUGGAGCUUUAAAUUGAAGCGAUGAUAAUCUUUACAGUUAACUAUCUUGACCAGUAGGUGGUGCAUUAGAGUUAUUUAAAUCAGUCAAGAUGUCAUCAGUGAUACUCUUUCCUUGUAUGAACUGGUUUUCUCCUUACAUGGCUUCCUGGUAUCUUGCCCUCACGCCAGUUAAGUUUCAGACAUGCACAGUCUGGUACAGCAAACAUCAGCACUACAGAAAUAGAUUUACGUUUCCAGCCAGUGAUCACAGGAAAGGCCCACAUCCCUCCCUCUCAUACUUCCAGAGAAAUUUAACAGCUUUCACAAUUAUCUCGUAACAUCUUUAUUAUGUUUCCUCCCCCUCUACUCCCCCUUGACCUUGUCCUGUCAGAGAGCAGACGCCGGCUGCCGCUGGAGGAGCAGCUGCAUUAUCUGCAGACGCGCCUGGAUGAGGUCAGCUCAGGAAAGCACAGCAUCGGUCAGUCUCGUCGAGCCAAAGCUCUGAGGAAGGAGAUCAGCAUCAUCAAGAGGAAGCUCGCGCACCAGCGGGAGGGCGGCUCAGGGCUGGGAGGGAGGGAGUCUGUGGGAGGUGUUGACCGCAGUUCUUCCCUUCCCCAUCACCCUUCUUCUGCAGGACACCUCGAUGAAGGUGGAGAAAGCAGCAGUCAGGAGAUUGGUGGAAAAGGUGCAUGUUUUAAAAUCAUCAGGAUGUAACAAUAAAAGUAGAAAUCAAACAAAGUAUCUAAUCAAUCAUUCUUCAUGUUUUACCCUCUCUCCCUCAAGAUCUCAGUGUGUCUUCUUCCGCUCCCGAAGUGGGCCGGCGGACUUCUGUCCUCUUCUCCAAGAAGAACCAAAAAAUGGCCGGCCCCCCUAAAAGGCCGGGACGCCCCCCUAAGAACAGAGAUGCGGGUUAUGGAGGAGCAGGUGUAAGCCAAAGCCCCAUAGGUCCUCCUCAGCUUCCUCUGCUGUCCUCCAACAGGCAGAGGAAGAGGCCCCGCAGCCCCCACAGCAGCUCCACCUCUGACAGUGACAGCGAAAAUGACGACCUGCUCCCUGGUACAGAAAAACAAAUGAGCUUUGAUGAACUUUAAAACUCCUGUAUUUUAAAUUACAUGCACUCAUAUCUCGCAUCUUCUCUUUCCACUUUUCUCCAGGCUUGCCAAGUAACGGUUUUGAUGGAGGAAACCAGCCUGUAACCGAGAGCUUCCGCGUGUACAGAAAUGAUACUCGUCUCCCUCGUUCCAGCUCGGACUCUGAGUCCACAACCAGCAGCAGCAGCAGUGCGGCCUCUGACAGAACAAGGUGAUUAGUCUACAAACGAACUUUUCCAUUUCCAUCAAAACCUCUUGUUCAUCUCUAAAAUAAAUGUAAAAACAAGGGAACUGUGGGGACAACUGUACAAAUAAGGUCUUGUCUCGUUGGCAUAUAAAUAAUUUUGCUGACAUUUGUGUCUCUUUCAGUACGACCCCCUCGAAGCAAGGCAGAGGAAAGACCUCGUUCUCCCGCUCCGCUUUCCAGGAGGACAGCAGUGAGGAGACGUCAGGCACCGAGAAUGAUUCCUACUCAGUCGGGGGAUCACGGAGUGUUUCACACAGUAAGCACAAACUCAAAACACCCCAUACACACCACCACCAGCACCUCUUCCUUUUCGUGUGAGCGCACAGACACCGCAUUUCAUUGAAAUGAUUUGAAUCUGAGUGAGACCGUUGAUUCAGUUUAUCGAACGAUCUGUGACUGAUCGUAACUUUUCUCUCACGGCACUUGUGGUAAACCGUGUGCCAAUCAAAACGAUCUUUUCCGUCACGCUCUGCAGUUUGGCAGUGACUUUUUGCCUCAAGCUGAGUAAAGAAAAAAACUAUCAGGACAACACGCAGUGGCAGAAUUACUUAACAAUAAAACUACUCAUUAUCUUGUCAGAUUUUAGCGUACCACGUUGAGCCAAAACUAUAAAAAAAUUUAAAUAUUUUACCCGUUGAAAAGUAAAUAUAACAAUGGCAAGUACUGAAUUGCCAGUUUUGGGGCCAGAGAUGUUUGUUUUAGAUUCUUGGCCCUUUUUAGUUUGACGCUGGCCUAUUUUAGUUGGAAAUGAGGUCGCACAAUGGUGACUGUUUUCCUGUUCCUGUGCUCCUUACCGUCAGUGGUGCGCGGUCGAGCCAGGUCAGGAUGCUGGAUGACUUCUGAUGACUAUUCUUCUCUUGAAGCUCUGGACCUGGUGUGGGCCAAGUGCAGAGGAUAUCCUUCGUAUCCCGCUCUGGUGAGGAACAAAUCAAAUCUACAGAUUUCAGUAAGUUUGAAGAAUCUAUCCCUCAGGAUAUUGAAGGUAUCUAAUCCUUCUUUUGACCGUCUGCAGAUAAUUGACCCCAAGAUGCCCAGAGAGGGAGUUUUCCACCGAGGCGUACCGAUCCCUGUCCCGCCUUUGGAUGUGCUGAAACUAGGGGAGCAAAUGACGCAAGAAGCCAGGGAGCACCUGUUCCUGGUCCUUUUCUUUGAUAACAAGAGAACUUGGUUAGUUAUGUUGUUGUGUUUUCCACACAUCUCUUCUGUUGACUCCAUAUUGUUUCUGUUUUUCACCCCACAGUGAUGAAGAACUGUAAAAAAAAAAAAACAGACGCAAGCAAAACAAGCUCCCUAUGUUACUGGAUGUGUGCACAUAAGACAGGCUGUGGCUGAAGUUCAAAGGAAACUGUAAUGCUUGUGCUACAGUGCAAGACGGCAGAACAUGAAGCAGAAGUAGGGCAAACGUGGUUAUGAAUAUAAGAGUGGAAAAACAAUAUGUGUUAUAGGUCACUGAACUGCAUUCAAUCGGUUGAUUGAUGUUGUAACUUCUUGGAACUAGUUGACACACAGCUGUAAGUGUUAGGAUUUGAACUAGGGUUGAAGUAGUUAGCGAACAACCAUGAUAAGUAAUCAGCUGAUUUGGUUAGCGAUAAGCAGCAUCUUAUAAAUCAUGAUUCAUAAGUCAUUUUAUGUGACUUUUUUGGGUGUGUUUGUGUGUCUCCAGGCAGUGGCUUCCUCGUUCCAAGCUGGUACCGCUCGGGGUUGACCAGGAGCUGGACAAGGAGAAGAUGCUAGAAGGAAGGAAAUCCAACAUCCGCAAGUCAGUGCAGGUGGCUUAUCACCGUGCCAUGCAGCACCGCAGCAAGGUGCAGGGAGACCCCAGCAGUGAGACCAGUGACAGUGACUGA